GCAGAGCAAGAUUUCAUUGCUAUUCCCUCUCAGAUCGACGACCCGAGCAGCAGCCUUGAGGAGGCCACAGAGGAGGCGGAGGCUGCCAUCUCCGUGAGCGGCCUGGGCAGCCAGCAAGCCCUGAACAGCGACUACCAGGACUCCGACUACCAGCCGGGGCAGCUGUACCCCUUUGCCCUCAACGACGACCCCCAUGAGGCCAUGUUCACGCUCACCAACUCCGUCCCCAUGACCCCGUCCUUCCGGGACCGCUGGUACAUGAACCUCCGCAGCCUGAUGGACCGGGCCCUGCUCCCUCACUGUGGCGGGGACCACCUGUUCCUCCUGGCGGGUGCAGUGCCCUCGGGCCGCAGGCUCAGAGGCAGGGUGUCCAUCCCCGAGUCCGUCUGGCUGGCAGCCUGCUGCGCGGCGCCUGGUGGCGGCUGGGCCAUAGGCUUCAUCAAGCACACCCAGGGCAGCGGCGUCAUCGAGGACGUGAUGGUGAAGGACCUUGAGAGGCUGCUUCCCCACCAGCCGCAGCUCUUCCAGGACAACUGCGGGGAAGCAGAACAGGACACGGAGAAGAUGAAAAAGAUCUUGGAGGUGGUGAAUCAGGUCCAGGAUGAGGAGAGAGCCCUGCAGUCUCAGGAGAGCACUGUGUCCCCGGCCGGCGCCAGGAGCCAGAGGGCUGCCCUGGGGCCUCCAGAGGCCGCCGCGGGAAGCAGUGGCUUCUGGGGUUUCGUGACCCCCGUCGUCCGGCUUUUCCAGCUAAUUUAUUACCUAGUGGCAGCGAUCCUGAGGAACACAGUCUAUCUCCUAUGGUAUGUCACCAAGCAGGUAGUCAGCGGCAUAGAGGGCUGUCUCUACCGCCUGGGCUUGGCCACUGGGUCCUACUUCGUGGCCAUUGGGGCAGAGCUGGUGAGCCUUCCCUGGAAGGUGCUCAAGGUCGUGGCCAAGGUCAUCAGGGCCAUUCUCCGGAUCCUCUGUUGCCUGCUGAAGGCCGUGUGCCGCGUCCUGAGCAUUCCCAUCCGUGUGCUGGUCGACGUGGCCAGCUUUCCUGUGUACACCAUGGGUGCCAUUCCGAUUGUGUGCAAGGACAUCGCCAUGGGCCUCGGGGGCACUCUGUCUCUGCUCUUUGACACUGCUUUUGGCACCAUGGGUGGCCUGUUUCAGGCUGUUUUCAGUGUCUUCAAGCGGAUUGGCUAUAAGGUUACAUUUGAUAACUCUGGAGAGUUAUAGAAGUAAAAACAAAAACAUGA